AUGGUUGAGAAGGACCCUAAGGUGAAAGAGCUGGAGAAGAGAGCACGAGGUCGACAGCCCUAUGUCUAUGAUGGGCACGUAGUGUAUGAAUGGGAGCAGACGCAAGAUGAGGUGCAUGUAUAUGUAAAGUUACCAUCAGGGUGUACUAAGGCCAGCCAGUUCUCUAUUACGCUGGAGCCUAAACGAGUUAAGCUCAGUUUAAGAGGGGCACAUCAGUUUUACCUUAAUCACACACCGGCCGGCCUAGUGGAUAAGGAUGACUCUACGUGGUUCAUAGAAGACGGGGAGGUGCACAUUAUAUUAGCUAAGGCCCGUAAAGCGGAGCUAUGGCCGUCGUGUUUUGAAGGACAGACUCAGUUGGAUGCCUUCACCCAGAAUGAGCUUAGCAAGAAGCUGAUGCUUGAGAGAUUCCAGGAGGAGCAUCCUGGGUUCGACUUCUCGGGAGCGGAGUUCAACGGCAAUGUGCCCAACGCGAGGGAGUUCAUGGGCGGCGUUCAGUAUAAGUGA